AGUGUUGUCCAACGAUGUUGCGAUUUCCUGAAGAAAGAAUUUGUUCAGCUUCGAUUCGAUCUGCAAAAUUACUGUCUGCUCUGCACGGUUGCCCAUAGAUACGGAAUGAAAGAUCUGCAAGAGGCAGCAGAGAGCAAAAUGGCAUUAAAGUUUAAGGAUACCUGUGAAAACGAAGAAUUCUUGUCGAUUAUUGAACCAGACCAGUUAGUCAGCCUGCUCAGCCGAGAUGACCUCUGUGCACCUUCCGAGACGUUCAUCUUUAAAUCCGUGAUGCAGUGGAUUAAACACAAGAAGGAAGAGAGGAUGGCAGUUGCAGCCAAAGUUAUUGGAGCUGUUCGUCUGGGACUGGUGGACAUCAGAGUUGUGAUUGAAGAACUGAAUACAGAAGAGAUGCAGAGAGAUCCUGAGAUUCACAGGCAGCUACACGAGACAUCUUUGUAUAACAACAUGCCUUCUUGUAGUUCGAAGUUUGCGGAGGAAAGAUCUAAACCGAGAUCCGCGAGCCAAGCUCUGGUUGCAAUUGUGCCUCAAGCUCAAAUGAAAUAUUUUGAUGUCGAAAACAAAACAUGGAAAACUUUAUCUGCAACAUUACCGUCGAUCAAGGCAACCCGUUGCUAUUCUGCGGUCUCCGUCGGGAACAUCGCAUUUGUUGCUGGCGUAGCAUCAAAUAAUAGCAAUUGCCUUUACCAAUACGACACAGAAAACAAUAUAUGGAAAGUGGAGCCACUUUCGUCCGGUGGACGGAUUGACAAUUCAGUAUGUAUUGUAGACGACUACAUCUAUGUAAUCAGCUCUGAUUCAGAUCAGGUUCCUCAAAGAUACAACAUGGCUAAAAUGUUAUGGCAGAGUAUUUCAAAACCAAGUAAAACAGGCUAUUACACUGUAGCCUGCAAUAAUUUGGUUGUAGUUUAUCCAAAAGUGUUUGUCCUUUAUAGCAAUCCGUGGCCCAAUUCUGCAGGACAAUAUCUUCCAUCAGUGCUACAAUGUUUCGAUCCAACUAAAAAUGAAUGGGAACAAAAGGCAACAACUUGCCAUCCUCACUUUAGAUCCAGUCUUCUUGUAGUCAACGGCAAAAUUUUUCUAGCUGGGGGCUUUCUUGCAAAUAAUACCGAUAGCAAAGGAUGCCCAUAUGGCAACCCUGCUCCUAUUGAAAUUUAUAACGAAGAAACCAACACUUGGUCUGUUGUUGAGCAAAAACAUAUUCCCGCUAACAAUCUCAAUGCUGCGGAAAUAGAAGGGAGGGUAUACUUCAUCAUAAAUAAAUUCCCAAUUGACAGUGGAAUUAGAAUUUCACCAGGGGAGCUGUAUCCCGUUCCGCUGGGUGAGUGGGAAAAUUUAGGCAACAUUGACAAAUCCGCAGCCCUUUGCUAUUUGCCUUUAAAGAGAGAAUUCCUGAAAACUGAUUGAGGAUAUUCAUUCACCCUUGAUAGCUGAAAGGAACUAAAAGAUAAGGAGCAAUAAAUGAGUAGAGAUGAACAGCUGCUGUAUUGUAAUAAGCAUAUACAGAAAACUAGUUGGUUAGUGUUACUUGUAGUUUCAAGUGAUCUAACUUUAAAACAGUUUCAAUCAUGUUAGUGUCCAAACUUAAGUCUAAGAGUGGGAGUGAACCUUAAAAACGUUUCGAGUACAGUCCAUGUAAAUCAUAAGAAUUAAUAACUGGACAAAAAAUAUGAAGGUGUAAAAUUAAUGCCAAAAUUUUUAAUUGUAGAAAUUGUAGGAUGUUUUAGAAAGUUCUUACAAACCAAAUUGAAGGAGUAAUUUGAAUAUAUCAACAAAGUUGAAAUGGUAAAUUGUUGAUGUAUUCAAAUUAUUUCGUUACCCCCACCGACGCAGCCCCAAACAGUUUCUUUAGAAACCAUCAACCUUUAUUCAAAUUGAAGGAAUUUUUGAUCUUUGAGUUUCGUCCUUAGUUUUCCUGGUAGAGUCAACUGCAAAUGCGGUCUGUACAUCGGUUUAUUUCAAUUUGAUGUAAGGUAGAGUUCGUGAUAUUUAAGGACUUAUAUAGAACCUUAAAUCUUAUAUCCAACCUUGCAGAGCCCUUUUUAGGACUUUUUACCUCACAUAAAAUGGUUAUUUUUUUUUCUUUUAAAUAAACGACUUCAAAGGAUGCAAUAAAAAUUACACAGAAGUUAA